GAAUACGUAAUAAGGAUUCAGGUAUUGUCGCUGGAUCUGGAUAUGAAACUGAUUUUCCCUGAAGGCCCCAAAGAUUUGAACGAUCCACCCUUUGGAAACGAUCCACCGAACCUUGGAAAGGUAUAAAUAUGACCACUACUCCGAAUUUCUUUCUUAAUACAGUUUUCCAUCUGCAAAUAUUGCGUUUCACCAGGAUGGUAUUUCCUUCCAUUUUCUUUGUUAUAAGUUUCUUGUCCGAAAAGAGCCAGAGGAUAUAUAGAGUAGGCAACAAACGCAAAAUCUUCCACAGUGAUAUAUUUUUAUUUUUUAACCUAGAUAUCUAUAGUGACCAUAAAUUUUUCGCUCUUUUUUCUCUGUUAGAUUCUUAAGUGCAAAGAACUACCUGAGUACCCUGGGAACAUGACGUGCUCUGAGUACCAAGUAUUCAAACGGAAAGAACCAGGACUGAUCACGCGGGUGGCAACGAUGAUAAAAAAUACUUGGAGCUUUUUGUUCACAAAAAUG